AUGUUGGGAGGUGGUGAAAAAUUGCAAAUGCUUCAGAAUUAUUCCCACGGGUCCCGCCGUUAUGUUAAACGAGAUGCACUCCGUGAUUCAAUGACAUCGGAUUCACCUCUCGAUUCCUCUAUGAGUCAAGACUCACCCAUCAAAAAGGAGCCAAGGCCCAUUGGCCGAAAGGCUACGAAUGCAAAGAAAGGGGGUAAUUCGAGCAGUAAUACAUCAAAAAUUUUGGAGGAAAUUGCAAGGCAGAGCGCCAUAAGAGUUGAAAUGGAGCAGAAACGCCAAGAGAACGAGAUGGCAAUUCGAGCAUAA